UCGGAGGCCGUGCGGGCCGGACGGGUCGGGCCGAGCCUGCGGGUGCUGGACGCCUCCUGGUACCCGCCGCAGGAGCGAAACGCCCGGCAGGAGUUCAAGGAGAGGCACAUCCCCGGGGCGUCCUUCUUUGACAUCGAGGUGUGCCGGGACCAGUCCUCCCCUUACGACUUCAUGCUGCCUAGCGAGUCCCACUUCGCCGACUACGUGGGGCGCCUGGGGGUCAGUAACAACACCCAUGUGGUGGUGUAUGACGGGGACAAGGUGGGCACCUUCUAUGCCCCCCGUGCCUGGUGGAUGUUCCGGGUCUUUGGGCACAAGGAGGUCUCAGUGCUGAAUGGUGGCUUCAAGAACUGGGUGAAGGAGGGCCAUCCUGUCACGGCGGAGGUCGGCCAGCCCACCCCAGCUGUCUUUAAGGCCAAGCUGAACACGGGCCUGCUGAAGACCUUUGAGGAAAUGAUACAGAAUGUGGGGUCCCUGCAGUUCCAGGUGGUGGAUUCCCGCCCCGAGGGCCGGUUCCGGGGGACCGAGCUGGACCAAGGGCUGGAAUCUGGUCAUAUCCCUGGUGCGGUGAACAUACCCUUCCAAUCAUUUCUAACAGAAUCUGGUCAUGAGAAGAGUAUUGAGGAGAUCCAAGAAAUAUUCCGUGAGAAGAAUGUGGAUCUCUCAAAGCCACUGGCAGCCACGUGCCGCAAAGGUGUCACGGCAUGUCACAUUGCCUUGGCAGCCUUCCUGUGUGGCAAGCGUGAUGUGGCUAUUUAUGAUGGUUCCUGGUCAGAGUGGUUCCACCGUGCCCCACCUCGCUACAAGGUCUCUGAGAUGAAGCGCAACAAGGCCUAGAGGGACACUUGUUUCUUGGGCA